AUGUCGACCGUGGUCUGGCUGUCGUUGUUUUUGUGGUUGUCGGUUGACUUGCGGAAGAUGCCGGUCGGGGAGGCUGCUCGGAUACUUGCCGUCGAAACAGUGGCGGGCAAGAGCCACUGGUACUUCAUGAGCUCGGUGCUCAGGUCACUGACGGACGCCGGACACACAGUGACCGUUUUCACGCCAUUUCUAGACGGUGACCGGAUAAACUACACGGAGGUGGAUACGUCCCGCUACUUUCCAAUGAAACUUGAAAUGGAUGUGAUGCAGACGAUCCGGGAAUUUGGAGAUCCGGUCGUGUUAAUGAAUGAGAGGUCCAGAGUGGUACGAAUCUAUUGCGACGCAAUCUACGGCAACCAGAAGCUGGCUGACCUGAUAGCUUCCGAGGCACGUCACCUAUACGACCUCCUUUUAAUCGAGCCGCUGGGCUUAGACUGCGUUUCGUACCUGGCUAACGCGCUUGAUCUGCCUGUGAUCUACUCGAUCCCAUCGCCGAUGAUCACCUUCGCCGAGUGGGGGUUCACCGGUCACUUGUCCAACCCGGCUUGCGUGUCCAACAUGUUGGCCAGCCACGCCGUGCCCGGCACAUUCCUCCAGAGGUUCACCAACACGGCGCUGCUGACGUACAGCAUGGCCAAGAUGAAGUACGACCAGCUGAUCAACUUGGUCACGGACCCGAGACCGUAUGACCUGGCGCGGACCGUCAACCCGUCCAUAAUCUUCCAGAACAGUUACUACGUCACCGAGUCACCGAGUCCGGUUACGCCGAAUGUUAUCUACGUGGGUGGAAUACACCUGAAGCCCGCCAAAACCAUACCAAAAGACAUAUUAGAUUUUAUCGAAGAUUCACCCCAAGGAGUGAUUUUCUUCACAUUUGGUUCUACGAUUAAAGUGUCAUCGUUGCCGGGACAUAUUGAACAAUCGUUUAAAGAAGCGUUUGCCGACAUUCCUCAGAGAGUUUUGUGGAAAUACGAAGGUGAAAUGAAGGACAAACCGAAAAACGUGAUGACGAGAAAAUGGUUUCCUCAACGAGAAAUAUUAUUACAUCCCAAAGUGAAACUAUUUAUCAGUCACGGGGGUAUGUCCGGAGUGUGCGAAGCUGUGGAUGGCGGUGUUCCCGUAUUGGGAAUUCCAGUGUUUUACGAUCAGCCGAGAAACAUUGAAAAUUUGGUCCUCAACGGAAUGGCGAUAUCCAUGGACCUGUUGUCGACGACUAAAGAAAAACUUUCUAAUGCCAUUUCGGAACUCAUCAACGACGAAAAAUACUCAAAAAAUGCUAAAAUUGCUUCCAACCGAUUCAGAGAUCGGCCGAUGACACCUCAACAGUCGGUUGUAUAUUGGACGGAGUAUGUGAUCCGUCAUAAAGGCGCGCCACAUUUGAUAUCUCACGCUCUGAACCUCACUUGGUAUCAAUACCUCUUGUUAGAUAUAAUUGCCGUAGCGUUGAUUCUUAUUUUUCUAUUCAUAUUUGUUGUCUUUAAGGUUUUCAAAUGUAUAAAAACUUUCAAGAAAGAUAAAGUUAAAACUCAGUAA